AGUCAAAUAACCCGGAAGUGAAUGAUUCCGCGGAUAUGUUUACAAAACAGUCUAGCUUGGGUCGUUAUUAGUAGGCUUUCAGUGGAUUUUAACAAAUAUUUUGGGCAGGCUACAUUUCUAGAAAAUGACUAAACUACAGCUUUUGAAUGCUUACCUCACCGAGCGGUUAAUGGUGGCUGUAGAUGAGAUACUGGAGGUGGUCGGGGGGACAGUGUCAGAAUUCGAGGAGGAGACUGCCCGUACGAAGAGAGAGAAUGAAGUACUAAAACGAAGGUUACGAGAAGUUGGACUCGACACGGGAACGGAAUGUUCAGCAGUCUCGACCAGGCCUGUUUCUCUCUCUAUGUCUGGGCAGCACCAGUGGAGUUCCGACCAGGGUCCAGACCUUGAGUCUACACAGACCCAGAACCACAUGGUAAUGAACCAGGAUAAGAUGCCUGCCACACAUAGCCAGCUACCCACAGAGUGCACCGAGUGGAAGAGUCUGUGUAACUCUCCACAUACCCUGUCCUCACAACAGACCGAUACAUCAGCUACUACCCCAGUAGUAGCUCCAUUGACUUCAGCGUCCGUGAAAAGGGACUUGGACGAAGAAGACGACCAGCUUCUGCUUCCCUCUGCAAAUCCCUUCAGCAGCACAUCAUGCCCCGUGGACAGAGUGGUUUUACACUAUAACUCUGAGGGCAUCAAAACAGAGCCUAGUGAUACUAUCCCUACUGACCUGGGGUCAGUAUCUGCUCAGAUGGGGUGUGGUGAACUAAACCCCAGUUCGGACCCUGGACCAGCCACUGUUGAAACCAGGUACACUGUUUCAGACCUGAGCGCUGACCUGGAAUCAGUGGUUGCAGACAGCAGCAGGUAUGGUGCCUCUGCCUCGGGCGUCCCAAAUGACCUGGUAUCAGCUAGUGCGGCCAUGAUCCCAGAUGGCUUUUUCCGUCAGAUUGGCAGCGAUGGUUGUGUAACAACAGGGCCAGAACUAGACUUCGGGGACACCACCAGUACCGUAGGUCCCUUGACCUCCCUGUUCUAUCCGGGUCAAACCAGACGUCAACCACAAACAAAUAGGUCAACAAAUAGGGGUCAUCAACAAAUAAACAGGUCCACAAACAACAGGGGUCAACAACAAACAAACAACAGGGGGGAUCAGAAGUCCCACCCGUGCCCUCAGUGUGGUAAGAUAUUCAGCCACGUGUCACGCCUCAAGAUCCACCUCCGCAUUCACACAGGAGAGAAGCCGUACGUUUGUGCACUGUGUGGCAAGCGAUUCAACAACGAUGGCACACUGAGGAACCACCGGCGCGUUCACACGGAGCUGCGGCUGUACGGCUGCCCUGUCUGCGGCAUGAGCUUCAAGGACGCCUACACGUGUAGGAAGCACCAGCGCGUUCACAAUGGAAUGCGGCCUGCCGGAGGCGGGGCCCACACCUGCAGCCUGUGUGGCAAGGCUUUCAGUGAGGCAGCUAAGCUGACCAAACACAUCAGGACUCAUGUGUCGGACAUUGGGUGAGGGCAGUACAACCUAUAAAGACUUUUUAUAGCAUACAUAAAGGCUUUAUAAGCGCUAUAUAAAUGCUUCACAAAUGAUCUAUAAGCCUAUGUCAUAUACUAUAAGUGGUGUAUAAAGGGUGACAUAACAAUUCCCACUGUAGAUUUGAUUGCCAAAUGUAAGUUAAUAAACCAUUUAUAGAUUAUGACAUAUAAUUAUGAUUUGUAAAAGCAUUUAAGUAGCGCUAUAUAAAGCCUUUAGAUAUUUUUCUUUGCCACGGAGCUCCCGAGUGGCGCAUCCUGCUAAGGCACUUCACCCGGCGUGCAGAGGGGCGUCACUACAGCCUGACGUGACCGGGAGUUCCAAGGGCAGUGCACAAUUGGCCUAGCACUGUCCGGGUUAGGGGAGGGUAGGGUUGGCAGGGGAUUCCUAGUCUUAACUUGCUCUAGCGUCUUCGCGUGGCGGAAUGGGCGCCUGCAAGCUGACUAGGGUCGUCAAUUGAACGGUGUCCCCCUCCAACACAUUGGUCCGGCUGACUUCCGGGUGUUAAUAAGAAGCAGCGUGUUUGUCCGAUCCUCACCUCUCCUUAGCCCGUUGGGGAGUUGCCGUAAUGGAACACAAUUGGAUACCACAAAAAUGCUUUCAUUUCUAAACGGUAAAACGGACACGUGGGAAAAUCUCUGAUCCAAAAUGCUGGAGUAUAAGAGACACAUUUUAUUUUAGCUUCACUGUCCAAAUACAUAUGGAGGGGUGUGUAUGACCGUGGCUGCACCGGCUUCAAGGGGACAGGUCUUUGUGUACUCUGUCUGUGGCAGACGGUGUGCAUCCCGCUUCUGAUAAUGCAGUCAUCAGCGAUCCCACAAGGAGUAGUUGAAGUCAUCAUCAGAUGUGAUGAACUACCUUAAGCAAGCAGCAAGUGUGUGUGUAGACUUUUUUAAAUUUUUUAUUACUGUGCGUGUGUGUUUUAACUUACUGUAUGUGUGUUUGUGCACCAGCCCGUCCAAAGGGCAGCGGGGCCCUGUCUGUCAGUCUGUUACAGGGAGGUUAUUUACUUUUGCUGUGUUGUAGUAUUGAUCCACUUCCUGCUUGUGACUCGGGGGGUGGAGCCUACUGUCCUUGGAAACUGCAGAUGAUGAACCAUAGGUUGAAGACACUGGUGUCGAACACAAUUCCUUGAGAGCCACAGUCAGUGUCUGCUUGUUUUUGAUCUUAAAAAAAUAUAUAUGUUUUUAGGAUCUAGACCUGCAAGAAAAACCGGGGUCAUGUUGACUUGGCAUAAAACGGAAAUGAAGUGAAACUAUUUGAACUUGUCCAAUAACAAACACUGAUUAAUUAUGUAAAAAGCAGGAACCCGAAACCCACUGACACUGCAGUGCAGAAUCUAAGGACUGGAGUUGUACUUGUGUGGUUUAGGAGUCCAAAACCACAUUCCUUACCCCAGGACACUUCAUAAGGUGACUAUCCAGGAAAAUUAAAGGAAAUUGAGCACCCCUUGUCUGCACUGAACUGAGGAUUUUAUUUAGAGAGACACAAACCGGCUUAGGAUGCCUUCAUUAGAGUCUCAUCAUGGUCUCUCAUAGCAAGUGCUCAGACUUAAUGUGACGCUGAUAGUUCAGAGCCUAAUGUACAAUAAAUGGGUUUAUUUUUUAAA